AUGGCCUCUCAGAGAACGUUCCAUUCUUUCAACAAAGAAGAGAUGCAACCGGCAGGUACCUUAAACGAUAUUAAUGCCCUCGAUCGGUCUUCUGUUUUUGAUGACAUUUUCCAAGGCCGAGCUCCCAGGUUAGAGUACGUGGUCAACGGACACAUGUAUAAGUUGGCUUACUACCUCACAGACGGUAUAUAUCCCAAAUGGUCAACAUUUAUCCAAUCGAUCUCACACCCACAAGGUCCUAAAGUAGAGUUAUUUGCUAGAAUGCAAGAAGCAACCAGAAAAGAUGUGGAACGGGCUUUUGGAGUUUUGCAAGCUCGAUUUGCGAUUGUGAAAAACCCCGCUCUUUCAUUGGACAAAGCAAAGAUAGGCAAGAUUAUGAGAGCAUGUAUCAUACUACACAAUAUGAUUGUUGAAAAUGAACGAGAUGGAUACAUUCGGUACGAUAUAUCUGAAUUUGAAGACGGAGACGUCACCAGAAGUUCACGGGUCGAAACCGAGAGGCUUACAAAUAUCGCUAAUAUGCUCGGCAUUCGGGAAGAUGUUCACGAUAAGCCAAGCCAGUUUGAAGACGUUCUCGCUAUUAUCCUGCAAUCAACAGGGCGAUGUUGA